CACACAAGACCAAAACAGGCAGUCAUGACGGAGGCGCGGAAGAUCGUCAUCGCCAAGAGGUUCGAGGGAGAGCCGAAAGUAACCGACUUCAGGGUCGAGACGGAACGACUGCCAGCUCUGCAGGAUGGACAGAUGUUGUGUGAGACGAGGUACAUCAGCGUGGACCCCUACCAGCGGGUAGCCGCGAUACGGCUACCCGUUGGAAGCACCAUGGUCGGUUCGCAGCUCUCACGCAUCGUGGAGAGCCGCGCACCAGGGUACGCGGCAGGACAAUAUGUGGUCGGCUUCUGGGGCUGGCGCGACCGCACGGUGGUUACCUUGGCAGACACCGGCAGCGACAUCCUGCCGCCGAUGCUGGUGCCGGACUACGGGGACCUACCCAUGUCGCUAUCGUUGGGGGUGUUUGGCAUGACAGGAGCCACCGCCUACUUCGGACUGCUCGACAUCUGCGACCCUAAGCCUGGAGAGACCCUGGUCGUCAGUGGCGCAGCAGGCGCUGUAGGGUCGAUAGUCGGGCAGAUAGCUCGCAUCAAGGGCUGCAAGGUCAUCGGCAUCGCUGGCUCCGACGCAAAGGUGAAUUGGCUGAAGGAGGAGCUGGGUUUCGACGAGGCGAUCAACUACAAGACGUCGGACGUGGAGAAGGCGGUAGCGGCGGCAGCGCCCUCGGGCGUCGACGCCUACUUCGACAACGUGGGCGGCGCCCUGAGUCAAGCCGUGCUGAGCAACAUGCGGCCCCGAGGCCGCGUCUGCCUCUGCGGCAGCAUCUCGACGUACAACCAGGAGAGCGUCCCCACGGCGCCCGUAGCCGGGACACAGGUGCAGGACCGCCAGCUCAGGAUGGAAGGGAUCAAGAUGGGCUCCCGGUGGGGACGCCGGGACGGCGCCUUCGCUGAGAUGGCACAGUGGAUCAGGGAGGGCAAGCUCAAGUACAGGGAGACGGUGACCGACGGGUUCGAGAAGACGCCACAGGCCUUCGUCGGCCUUAUGAAGGGGGAGAACUUUGGCAAGGCGGUCGUUAAAGUGUGA